CCGCUUUCGCGCGCCGUCUUAUCCAGAGUCCUGAACACACAUCAAAGUUCACGGUAGUGAAACUUGUUGGUUUUCUUCUCUGCUCACAUAUGAGAUUUGGACCCUCUGGGGGUAAUACUUGACUGGAGGAUCCUCAGCUGCCCCUCCUCAUGGCAGAGGUUUUUUAUGUUGGCGUGGACGUGGGCACUGCCAGUGUGAGGGCUGCACUGGUUACCCGGGAUGGACUCCUGAAGGCCACCGCAGAGGAAGCCAUCAGCAUCUGGAAGCCCCAGCCUGAGCACUAUGUCCAGUCCUCCACUGAGAUAUGGCAGAAAUGCUGUACGGUGGUCAAGAGAGUAACCAGUGGAGUGCAGAGCAGCCAGGUGAGGGGCAUUGGUUUUGAUGCGACCUGCUCUCUUGUGGUGUUGGACGAAAGCUUUCAUCCCGUGCCCGUCACUCUGGAGGGCGACCCACAGAAGAAUGUGGUGAUGUGGAUGGACCAUCGGGCUGCAGAGCAGGCAGCUCGGAUAACAAACACCGGACACAGGGUCCUGAGCAGGGUGGGAGGGGUCAUGUCGCAAGAAAUGCAACCCCCUAAGCUUCUCUGGCUAAAAGAGAAUCUAAAGGAAAGUUGUUGGAACAAAGCUGCUCACUUUUUUGAUCUGCCAGACUUUUUGUCCUGGAAAGCUACAGGCUCCAUCACAAGAUCUUUAUGUACUCUAGUUUGCAAAUGGACAUACUGCCCUCCAGAUGGAUGGGAUCCCAGCUUUUGGACUAGCAUUGGACUGGAGGAUCUUCUGGAAAAUAAUUUCUCCAAAAUAGGUAGUGCGACGUGUUCUCCUGGAAGUCCGCUGGCAGAAGGCCUGACUCCAGAGGCCGCAGGAGAUUUGGGUUUGAAUCCAGCUACAGCGGUUGGUGCAUCACUCAUUGAUGCUCAUGCUGGAGGCUUAGGUGUUAUAGGUGCUAAUGUGCAAGGCUUCGACUUACCCUGCGAGGGUCUGCCAAUCACAUCACGCAUGGCCAUGAUCUGCGGGACGUCCACUUGUCACAUGGCGAUCAGCGAGCAGCCUCUCUUUGUGCCAGGCGUGUGGGGACCGUACCCGUCCGCCAUGGUGCCAGGCUUGUGGCUCAACGAGGGAGGACAGAGUGCUACAGGAAGGCUGAUUGAGCACAUUGUGAAGGGCCAUGCUGCCUACACCCAGCUACAAGAACAGGUCAACCAGAGAGUUCCUUUCACUGGCGCGAAUAUCUACACGUAUCUGAACAGCCACUUGGCUCUGAUGGCCAACUCGCAUUCUGCUGUAGACCUGCUGGGAACUAACCUUCACAUGUGGCCGGACUUCCACGGGAACAGAUCGCCACUUGCUGACCCGGCCUUGAAAGGCAUGGUGAUUGGGCUGUCUCUUUCCCAAACCUUGGAUGACUUGGCCCUGCUGUAUUUAGCCACAGUUCAAGCUCUUGCUCUCGGUACGCGGCACAUUCUGGACGCCAUGAGAGAAGCAGGACAUGACAUCAGAACCCUCUUCUUGUGUGGCGGCUUGAGCAAAAACCUUCUGUUUGUACAGAUCCAGGCCAAUGCUACAGGGCUGCCUGUGGUGUUGCCCAAUCAGACCGAGGCUGUUUUAGCGGGAGCGGCAGUCCUGGGCGCCUGUGCAUCCCGGGACUGCAGAACCAUACAGGAGGCCAUGGAGAAAAUGGCUAAAGUGGGGAAGGUUGUUCAGCCUGACCAGGAGCUCCAGAGCUUCUAUGAGAGAAAGUACAAGGUGUUCCUGCAGCUGUUCUCCCACCAGAGGGAGUACCAGGCCCUCAUGAAGCACAAAUGAGACUAGUAAACACAUGUGGAAACUGGAACAUGUGUCUUAACCCAGCAACUCUUCACAAUGUCAAUAAUUUCACACUUUUUUUUUUAUUCCGCUCACAGAAAACCCACUUCCUGAGGCUCAGGCUGAGCAUUCAUUAUAUGGCUUUUGUAUACAGGAUAUAAAACCACAUAGCUGGCAGUAAAAGCUCACAUCCGACAGGCCGUCUGGGUUUUAGAUUCUGCCUAAAUUCAGCAAGGCCAGACAUAUCAGUAUGUCUUUCAAAAGACACACAUGAUGAUUUGGUGGAAACUUGAAAUGAUUUUCUAAUAAAUAUUGACAAGUUAAAAAUGAA